AUGCCCAGCCAUGGACCCCCGCCGAGUAAGCGCCGCCGGAUUGCCGCUCCCGCGAAGCCACGCACCACCGCCUAUAUCGAUUUGGAAAAUCAAGGCGAAGAGGAGGAUGCGGAUCUCAAGAGGCUCAUGGUGGCUCUGCGAAAGAAGAAGAAGAUUGUGGUCAUUGCAGGUGCUGGCAUCUCCGUAUCUGCAGGAAUUCCCGAUUUCCGAUCCUCGACAGGCCUGUUCGCCACUCUCCGUGGGCAGCAUAAACUUAAGGCGUCCGGGAAACAUCUCUUCGAUGCGUCGGUAUACAAACACGAUUCGUCCACCGAAUCCUUCCAUACCAUGGUUCGCGAGCUGGCUCAGAUGACCUCCGAUGCGAAGCCGACCCCGUUUCACCACAUGCUGGCGUCCAUCGCCGCCGAGGGCAGACUUAUGCGCAUGUAUAGCCAAAACAUUGAUACCCUCGACACCCAGAUGCCGCCCCUGGCGACUACAGUCCCUCUAAACACCAAGGCGCCCUGGCCGACAACUAUCCAGCUCCACGGCGGACUCGAAAAUAUGGUGUGCACAAAGUGUGGCUACCUGGAACGUUUCAACGCAUCGCUGUUCGAGGGCCCGGAACCGCCGCCGUGCGAGAAGUGCAAGGAACAGGAUGAGGUGCGGACUGCUUUUGCGGGGAAGCGGAGCCACGGAAUUGGGAAGUUGCGCCCAAGGAUCGUGCUUUAUAACGAAUACAAUCCAGACGAGGAGGCCAUCGGAAACGUGUCCAAGGCCGACUUACGGAGGGUUCCUGACGCCGUCAUUGUGGUCGGCACGAGUUUAAAAAUCCCUGGGGUACGGAGGCUGGUCAAGGAGAUGUGCCAGUUGACCCGGAGCAGAAGGGACGGCAUCACAGCGUGGGUUAAUCUUGACCCGGAGCCGCAAGGCGCCGAUUUCAAGGAUUGUUGGGAUCUCGUGGUGCGCGGGAAGUGCGACGAUAUCGCAGAGCUCGUCAACCUUCCGCGCUGGGAUCAGCAGGAUAUUGGAGACCGUGAGAGCUAUAUGGUCACCGGGGAUGAAAUGAAGGAGAAGAGGUGCACGGACAGUCUGAAUCGCGAUAGGAUCGACGUUCUUCUCGAGCGCAAGCGGUCGAGAAGCGCGGAUGGUGAGGGCUUUGUCGCUUCUCGGGAGGAGCUGGCACCCGCGGACCGAAGAUUCGAGCUCCCCGGGCGCGGCGGCAUGCCUACUCCGAGCGCGACUCCACGAGUCCGCAGCCCUCUUCCCUCCGUCAAGCCGGUGGCCAAGGGGAAAUCAAAGCAGGGUACCCUCGCGUUCGGCAAAGAGGGCGUUUCGACAACCGCCCUACCACCAAAACCCGCUGCCCCCAAGCGGAAGCCCCGUCAGGCCAAGAAGGAGCCCGCAAAGCCGAGAAACAGGCUCGACCAAACCUUCCGCGCCACCAAGUCCACCAUAUCAGUGACACUCAAAGACAUCAAAACCCCCCCAAGGCGGCCUCCUUCGGAAGCCGACUCUUCAGAUUUGUCCUCCCCCAUCGACCUGCCGGCCGAUUUUCUCAGCCUGCCUUCUUUGCGCCCCAAAAACAAGGUCACCAAAUCCAUCCCGCUCACUGUUCUCACUGGCCCACCGAACACCGAUAACAGCGGUGCCCUUCGCCGGGCGGGCGCGGCAAGGUCCAGGAACGGGGAGGAGAACAUGGCGAGCAGCCCCCCGACCACCCCGGUCGAAGAGACCAACGCCGCGUCCUUGGGCACCAUUUCCCCUACCUCCAAGCCGAGGAGCAUGAGUCAUCUCAUUGAUUGA